AUGGUCAGAGCACCAGAUCGAGCAAGGCAUGUGAUAGCAUCAAGAAGAAGCAAACGUAUAGAGGCGAGGAGAGGAAGGAUGGAACGGGCCAGAACAUCAUCUGUAAGAGGCAGACAAGAAGAGAACCGGCGGCAGACGGACGAAGAUGGCCUCAGGGAAGGUUUAAUGCACACAUCCGAUACAGACACCGUUGUCGAGGAGGAGAUGACUAGCGAGGAUAUGGAAGAGAAUAUCGGAGAAGAAAACAUGACGUUAGACCAGCUAAGGGAGACGCUCCAUCGUGAACGAGAACGGGACCGGGACUUGGUGGAACAACAGGUGCAGUUGGGAAGGCAUAAUUCUAGGUUGAGGCAACAAAACCGGCAACUUAACGAAAACAUGGAGAUAAAUUCCAUAGAUUCGGAAGGAAACACUAUAUCUUCAGAGGAAGAUAAAGGAGGACGAAGAAGAAGACGACGAACGAACGAAGACGAAGAAAGAGACUUGAGAAGAGCACUGGAGAUCUCACAAUGGGAAGAUCAUAGGCGGAGACAUGAGGAGGAAAAAAUGCAGGAGGAAGAACUGCAACGUCGGGCGAACCUUAUCCGAGACGAGGAAGAAAGGCGACGACCAGGCGAAGGGAGGCUUAGCGUGAUAAGAGGCCGUCACCAUGAGGAGGAUGGAGGAAACUUGAACCAAGAAGUCCUGAACGAGUUGAGAGACAUGAGGGCUUUAAUUAAUAACUCACGAAGAGGUGGAAGAGUACAGUUAGCGGAAGCAAUAGAGGAAGCAGAUAAAUCCCCAUUCACCUAUGAGAUCAUGCAUACGGACAUCCUGGAGAAAUGCGUAUUACCAACGCUUGAAAGCAUAUUCAGUAGAUCGGAAAAGGAUAUUCUUGACGACGUACAUAAGCAACAACUUGUUGAGGCCAGGGAUAGAGACACUGUUCAACUUGAGGAGAAGGCCAACACAAAGCUUGCUGGGGUUGGUCACGAGAUGUAG